AUGAAUUCAAAAAUUAAAGGAAUAACGGAUGAUAUAACAUCAAUUCCACCAGAAGAACAGAGAUAUUACGCAUUAAAUGCAUUUCCUAAAGUUUUGAAGAUUGGAAGAUUUAAUUUAAAUGAGGAAUUCAUAGAAGGUUUCCUAAACGACAUAAUGAAGAAGGUGGAUAAGGAAUAUGUGGAUAGUGAAUUAAAUAAGAAGGCAAAUUUGGUUUAUGUUGAUGAAAAAGAUAAUGAAAUUAAAGAAAAGGUUGAAUGGUAUCAUGAAUGGACAUCGGAGACUUUUAAAGUUAAAGCUGAUACAGGAUGGGUUUCAAGAUGUUUAGACCUUAAAGCAGAUAAAACUUAUGUUGAUGAAAAAGAUAAUGAAAUUAAAGAAAAGGUUGAAUGGUAUCAUGAAUGGACUCGGAGACUUUUAAAGUUAAAGCUGAUACAGGAUGGGUUUCAGGAUGUUUAG